CGCCUCUGCUUCUGCUGCUUUGAGAAUGUCUUCGAAGGAAGCGAAAGCCUCCCUGAAGGAGGCCCGCGAAGCGGUCAGGAAUAAAAAGUUCUCCGAAGCCAUCAAAUUGUGCAACAAGGUACUGAAGGAGCAACCGGAUUGCUACAUGGCCUUACUGCUGCUCGGGGCCGCGUAUCAAGAAAGCGACAAAAAGGAAGCAGCCGGCUACCUGAAGCGUGCAGUGGCCGCUACCGGUGAACCGAUCGUGGCCCUGCAGGGCCUAUCGAACUGUGCCGACGAUACGGAGCUGCCGGGCGUGUGUGAGCAGUUGCUGUCCCUGACGCCGGACAAGUACCCAGAUUUGCACGGGAAACUGUAUGCUGCAGCGGCUAGGAGUGGAUCCCUCGGGCCGGUGUUGAGAAUUCUUGAAAAAGAGCUCGAUCAAAACGACACCGAUCGCCAACGAUCGGCGUACGAGUAUCUGGGAAAACUAGUGGCGCAAAAUGCCGACUUGGAGCAGUCGGAAGGCGAACUGGUUCGUCGUGUGCUGGAGAACGAAAUCGGUAACAAUCAGGACCUCUAUCAGCGCGAUAAGUUCCUUCGCCUGCUGGAGCUGUUGCGUCGCGAUCGCAAGUUCGAUCGGCUCUCGUCGGUAGCCGCGGCAAUGCACGAGCGGUUUCCGAACGAUAUCUUUCCGCUAGAGUGGAUUUGCAAGAUGUACAUCGAACGGAUCGUGCCCGAAGGGCGGCUUGCGGAACUGUUGCCGCAUCCGUUGGAGGUUUACGUGGACCGUGCGCUGAUCAUCGCCCCGAACUGUGCCGCUGCGCUGCUUGCAAAAGGGCGGCUUCAUUUCGCUGCCGGUCGCCUUCUGGAAGCGGAGCGGGCUCUGAAGCGGGCGAUCCAGCUGCAACCCCUGUGGGGACCAUGUAUGGCGCUGCUGGCGGAGAUCUACUUUCGGCAGAAGGCGUACGGACUGGCGGAAAGUCUGUAUCGUGACAUGAAGCUCACCAAUCGCAACUACGCCAUCAGCCUGCUGGAUGACUCCGGAAGCGAGGACAAACUACGCGAAGCGGAUGCAUGUUUUGCGACACUCGCUACCGAGGGCGAUCGGUCCGAGGAGUUGCUGUUUCAUUGGUGCAAAGCACAGCUUCUGCUGGGCAAUGUACCGGAGGCCGACGGAAAGCUCACGGAACUCGAGGCGAUCGAAGGUGUUGCAAGCGAUCGCAUCGACUACCUUCGAGCACUGAGAGCGAAAAGGGAAGGAAAUCUGCCGGAAGCGAUUCGAUUGUUGUCCCCGCACGAAACCAGCAGCAAUUGUCAGCUGGAGCUUUCAACGGUGCUCGGUGAAGUGAAGGGUCGCGAAGAGGAGAGCUUCUUUGCGGCGCUAAAGGCCACCAAGCUCGAUCCCAACAAUGGUGAGUGCUUCUAUCGGCUCGCGAAGCUCUACCUGCAGCGGGGCGACCGGCUGCGGGCUCGCAAGUGCCUGGAGAAAAGUGUCCAUCUCAGUCCGACCGCACGCAACGCGGUGAUACUGCUGAGCGGGCUGUACCGGGGUGAGGGCGAGUGGGACGCCAAUGCAGCCCUCCUGUCGACCACGUUCGCCGUAUGUUCGGGUGCGGCCUGGGCUCAGCUGCAGCUCGGCCUGCACCAUCUCGGGCGGCAGAAGUACGACGACGCGAUCGGAGCGUUCCGCACGGUACUACGGUACGAUGUGAACUCGGAGACCGCUUGGGAAGGUCUGGCCGAUGCGUACCUUGGCCGUGGAUCGUACACUUCCGCCAUGAAAGUGUUCGAGAAGAUCACCGAACGUGAUCCCCACAAUCCUUACCCGCUGCUGCAACUGGCCAACAUCAAAAACUCACUGAAGCUACACAAAGAAGGGCUGUCUCUGUUUGAGCAGCUCCUGGCCGAGCACGGCGACUACUUCCCCGCCAUCAAAGGCAUUGCCGACUCACACAUGGGACUUUGCUUUUACCGCCAAAGUCAAAGGUUGAUCGGACGAAGUCGUGACCAUGCGCAGGCUUGCGUGGACUAUUUAACAAAAGCCAUCAAAGUGAAGCCAUACUUUGGUUGCUUGUGGCACCAGCUGGCCAAGAUUCUGGACACCGUCGCCGCGUUUCCGGUGACCCACUCGCACUUGCAGCUGGAAGGCGGACUAGCGGGACGCAACCAGCGUGAGAACGUGCUGCUGAGCGGCGAACAACUGUCCGAGCUGGCUGGCCGCUGUUACGGGCGCAUCAUGAAGCAGCACCCGACGAACGCCAUCCUUUGGUACGAGCUGGCCGCCAACUAUUUCCGCCGCGCAUCACUGACCACGGCGGGCGAGUUGCGAUUAAAGUUGCUUACGACGGCCCGCGAGCUAGCGAAACGAUCGAUCGAGCUGGACAGGGCACGGUGGCAAAACUGGAACCUGCUCGGCGUGAUUUGUGCCACAAGCACCAUCAACGAUCGGGCCCUCGCACAGCACUGCUUCGUGGAAGCCAUGACGAUCGAUCGAAAAACGGCGGCCUCCGCUUGGUCUAACCUUGCGGUGCUGUACCUGAUCGGUGGCCAGGUUGGCCUGGCAAACAAAGCGUUCAGUCGGGCACAGCAGUGCGACACGACAUUCUUAAACGCUUGGAUCGGUCAAGCGACGAUCGCGGAAUCGGUUGGUCAGCCGGACGAGGCAAUGGAUCUGUUCCGGCACUGCACCCAGCUCGGCUACCAUCCGGAGUCUUCGGUCGGGUAUGCGCACUGGGUGUGCACGGUGAUCUCCACCGAUGACUACCAAACCAACGAGCGGUAUCGGUUCGCGAUCGACGAUAUGCACGCCCUGCCCGUUUCGCACGAUGCCAUCACGUGGCACUGCGCCGACCGUGCCGAUCGGGCAACGGUUCCGGCGCUACGCUUUCUCGGCAACAUCAGCAGCCGGUUGGGUCUGUGGCGGACGGCCACGGAAGGCUACCGACGGGCGCUGGAAGCCCUAGCCCUCGUUUCGCACCCGAAUGCGUACGAGAUCCGAGCGAAAGAUGAAAUUCUGUGCGAUUUGGGCUACUGCCUUAUGAAGCAGAAGCGCUACACGGAAGCUGUUCAGUGCUACGAAGAUAUCCGCGGUGAAGCGUUCUACCGGGCGUCGAUCGGUCGAGCACAGGCUUACUUCCGAGCGGCACUGUAUCAGGAAUCGUACGCCGAGUACGAACAGGGACUCGGCAACCUCGCACACACCGACCUCGAGAAGGCGUACGUGCUGAUUGCAAUGUCCGCCAUGGUGUACGCGUUCCAAGGGGAGGCCGAUGCCAAAACCAUCCUGUUCCAAUGUAUAACGCUUCCGCAACCACCGAUCGAGGCCCUGUUCUCGGCCUGCGCACUCGGCCUCCUGCACAACGACGGCGUACUGACGGAACUCGUGAUCAGGGAGCUUCGUAAGCACGAGGACAAUGCAACGCACGGCCACCACGUCGUGUACCUAGUAUCGCAGUUCUACUGGCAAAAUAAACUCAAGAGCAAGUGCCUGGCGUAUCUGGUCUCGCAGGUGCACCGUCAUCCGAACCGUUCGAAGCUGUGGCAAAUCCUGUCGAUCGCACUGCUUCAAAACUUCCGAACACCGGAGAAGAAUCUGCUGCUGGCCAGCAGUGUGUCCCAGGCGGCUCUGACGCUUGAUUUGGCCGACCGGAAGUCCAGAACGAGGGCGGACGACGCUGCCCGCUGGAUGGCCGUCGCCAGUGAAGCAGUCCGCCCGGUGGACGAACGUAAGCGGCGCAUUUUGGCCCAAAAAGCACUGCACCUUGAUCCGACGAGCCGCGAGGCUUGGGGAGCGUUUUUAAGGGUCGUUAAAGUGGGCGCCAGUUGA